UUGGCCAGAUGGCUGCACAGAGCGCGGGCGAGGGCUACAGGCUCACCCUCUGGACGGACAGGGACCUCGACUGCAACGUGGAGCUCUCCGUGGACCCGCGCACGCCGGUCCACGCGCUGAAGCGCCUGCUCGCCGACGAGACGGCGGCAGACCCCCAGGAGUUCGGCAUCAUGACGCCCCGCGGCCGCGUCCUCGCCGACGACGACGUCGUCCCGGAGGGCCUCCUGGAGCUCGAGGUCUGCGACCCCCCGCUGCGCUCGGAGAGCACCCCGGCCUGGAGCCGCCUCUGCAGCACUCCGCGCGCGACGCCCGCGGCAGCGAAGGCAUCCCUGACGUGGAGCAGCUCGACGACCGACUGGCAGUCCGACCCGGGAGGCUCGCCGCGGGGCCCCGACUGCGACUCCAGCACGGAGUACAGCUUCAUGGGCGAGGGGCCCGACGAUGACCGCGAUAAGACCAUGCGGUCUUUGGACUUCGACGAGUGCGACGAGGACGAGGACACGUCCCUCUCUGUCCACCGCAUGCGCUCGCUGAAGCAGAAGCUGACAAUGGACUUUGACGACCUGGAAGAGGUGGCAUCUUCUCUGAUGGACUCCGGCGACAGCUCGGACGAGGCGGCGACUCCGAGGGCGAGCCCCGGGGGGCCCGGCACCCUGCAGCUGGCCACGCCGCUGGGCACCUUCGGCGGGCUGGUGCCGCCCGCGCCGGGCUGCACGCUGGGCGCCUGGAAGGGGCAGCUGGGGAGCGGCGAGGCGCUCGGGGACAGGAUCCUCUACCCCGGCAAGCUGCAGUACCACAGGGCCCUUGCUGGCACCGCGGAGCUGCGGCCGCUCGGGGACGCGGACCCGCUGCCGGCCGCGCCGGACGCCCUGGCCGUCUUCGGGCCGGCGAGCCUCCUGAAGAUGCUGGAGAUGGCGCUGGUCAAGCGGGUCGGCUACCCGGACUCCUCGAGGCCGGCCAGGCUGCCGGUGGCCGAGGAGCUCCCCGCGCUGCCCUCCAGGGGCGCCGGCCGCGGCGAGGCCCUGGAGUUCUGCUUCCUGUCGCUGCAGGGCCACCGCCCUGCCCAGGAGGACCGCGCGUGCGCUGUCGCGGAGCUGCCGGGCUGCGCUGGCUGGGCCUCCCUGUUCGGGGUCUUUGACGGCCACGGCGGCCCCCAGGCCGCGGACUUCGUCGCCCGCAGGCUGCCGGAGGUCGUCGGCGAGAGGCUCCUCGGCGAUCGCGGCGACCCCGCCAGGGCCCUGAGCGAGGCGUUCGCGGCCGUGGACGAGGAGCUGCGCGCCGCCGGCGGGGCCAGG